GGGGAAGCGGUAUGCUGCGCAUAACCGGGGAAAUACAAUGAACGAAUAACUAUUUUGCUGUGACACCGAUUUUCCAUUAAUGCAGCAGAACACAUUUCAAGCGAAUUUAGAAAACCUUUUUAUACAUUUAAUUAUUUUUCACCUUUAAAUAUUUUGUUGUAUAGACUUUAUCUUAUCAAUUAGCAGAUGGCUUCUUCUCCAAAAAGAAAAGAUGCAAAUAAAUCGACAGAUUCCGAAAUUACAUUAAGAUCAACAUUUUCAAAGAUUUUUACUCCAGAAGCAACGUGGCCGGAUAAGGAUGAAUUCCUCGACGUUAUUUACUGGAUGCGGCAAAUUUUGGGCAUCUUUCUUGGACUUAUAUGGGGAAUUAUUCCCUUGAAAGGCAUCUUUGGAAUUUUAAUUUUUUUCCUCAUCAAUGUUGGCUUUAUAUACAUGUACUACAGCACUUUCCAGCGUGUUGAAGAUGAAGAAUAUGGUGGCUCAGCAGAGAUUUUAAAAGAAGGAUUGAUGACUUCGUUUUCCUCAUUUCUAGUUAGUACCCUUUUUUUCAAAAAAAAUUUAUCCAUUGUUUAUAUGAACAUAACUAUAUAUAUAUAUACUUGUAUGCUAUGAUCUACUAUUUAUGGU